AAUAAUUGUGGUUUGCGUUUGUUAUUUAUAUCAUUAAGGGUAUGCCUUAUUUUUAGAAAGUUUGUACAGUGUUGAUUGCUUUUUUAUAUUUGGAAUAAAAGUAUUUGUCUUGUGGGAUUUAUAAAAAAUAUAAGACAAUAUGCCAGGUACUGUUGGCAGAAGAACAUUGGUUAAAGUUGAAGUUGGUGAUGCAGAAAAAAGAAGAAUUCCAUCAAAGCAUUAUUCAUAUGUCAUCAAAGUAUGGUGGGAUGAUGAUAGUGAAACUGUCGUUUACAGGCGAUAUAGCAAGUUUUUUGAAUUCCAGAUUAUACUUUUGGAAACUUUUCCAUAUGAAGGAGGAUUAAAAGAACCAUCAGCAAGAAUAAUUCCAUUCCUACCUGGAAAAAUAUUAUUCAGAAGAAGCCACGUUCGUGAUGUUGCAAUGAAAAGAUUAAAACCAAUUGAUGAAUACUGCAAGGCUUUGAUCAAACUUCCAUCUCAUAUUUCAAAAUGUAACCAUGUGCUUGACUUCUUUGAAACUAGACAAGAAGAUUUGAACCCAAGCAGAGAAGAGGGUUCAAGAAGACGAAAAAGAGAUGACCAAGGGAAUCGUUCACUUUCUCUCUCACGAUCGUUACGAGGCAUACGGAGAAGCCAGUCGCUUAAUAAGGAAAUUGGUGAAAUUUCGGGACCAUUACUCUUGGAACAAUAUGUAGCGAUUGCAGAUUACAACAGCACUCAACAAAAAGAAUUGACGAUGACAAUUGGCCAGAAAGUGGAAGUAAUAGAGAAGAAUGAAAAUGGUUGGUGGUUUGUGAGUAAUGAUGAAGGAGAGCGAGGAUGGGUUCCUGGGGUUUAUCUUGAGAAACCAGAUGGAACAGUGGAAGAUCUUGUAACAAAUCGAGCUGAACCUGGUCAAGGUGAACAUUAUGUGACGACAAAUGCUUAUGUUGCGGAAAAUUCUGAUGAUAUAAGCUUUGGUGCCGGCGUCAUCGUUGAAGUUUUACAGAAGAAUUUAGAAGGCUGGUGGCUAGUCAGUUACAAUGGAAGACAAGGCAAUGCUCCAGCGUCUUAUCUUGAGAAAUCACACAACUGGGUUCCAGAAAAUAAUAAAGUUGAAAUAAUUUCUUCUAUUCAUGACUUGAAACAUCGGCACAGUCUGCCAGCAAAUAGUUUAUCCUCAAUUGCAUUUCCAUCUCAACGUAUCGUGAAUUUUUCUUCAUCAAAUUCCAAACCAAUUCCAGCAGAAGUUCACUCUAUUCCUGAAGAACCAAAAUCUCCAGUUUCACCAUCCUACUUCAGAGAAAAAACAGUUCAACCUCCUCCCAAAAAAUCAUCCGUGAAACGAACGAACAAAAGACGCCCAAUGGCUCCUCCUCCAUUACCACCAAGUGCUGCUGCAGAGCCGACGUAUGAAUACACAACAGUUGCUUCAUUUGACUCAAAUAUUCCUGAUGGUAUUAGCUUCAAAGAUGAUAAAAAAGUUGAAGUUUUAGAGAAAUCACCCGGUGGAUGGUGGUAUGUCAACAUAGACGGUAGUGAAGGAUGGGCUCCUGCUUCUUACAUUGAGAAAAAAGAGACAAAGCCGAAAACAAUCGUUCCUCCAUCACGACCUGGCCCUCCCAAGUUACUCAAAAACAAUUCCACAAACAGUUUUAGUAUCACUGCUGCUGGGAGAUCUUCCCCUGUCCAUAAAGUUCAAUCAUCAGACACUGUAAAUCAUCCAGUUUUAGGAAAAGUCGCUUCAAUUCCAAUAUUACGAAAUCAGUCAUCUAUGUCGCCAGCGAAACGUCCUUUACCACCUUUACCCACAUCGGUGAGCUCUUCAAAUGUUCAAGAUUGUUCAGAUACUUAUGAAGAAGUUGCAACUCGACCACUCAGUGAAAAUAUAAAAUUUGGUGCGUCCAAAUCAAUUCCUCCCGCUGUUCCCAAAAGUACCGCAAAACCCAAUUUGAAUAAAACUGCAAUAGAAUCACAGAAAGUGGAGACAACCCCAGUUGAUUUCAGAAGCGUAUUGAAAUCGAGCCUCGCCAAGAAGAAUGAAAUAAAAACAAGAUCCGCUCAGUCACCACCUCGUCCCUCUACAAAUCCUUCGCCAUUAUCUAAUGUUAUGAAACCAAAAAUCCAACCAAAUAACAUAAACCUUCGUCCAAAAACGACAACUUCUACUCAAAAGCCUUCAAAUGUUAGAAAUUCUGUCACAAGGAUGAACUCAAAUGAAACGUCUUCGGCUGUCAAUAACCUAAAACCUGUUUUUGGAGGCAAAACAGCAGAAGGACCUCCUAGGUUGCCCCCGAAACCAAAACCUGGCCUUAAUUCUGUAAAAGCUAAACCAGUGCAGGGAAAUGUGCCAACUAACGAUGACGCCAUAACCGAUUUUCGAAGUGUUUUGCGUUCGACACAAAGAAAACAGUCUGCAAGCACAAAUGGUGUUGGCAGGUCGAAAUCUUUUAACUCUGACAAAGUAAUUAGCACGAAAAAGGUAGAACAGGGAAACAAACCCCCUUUUGUUCCUAAAAAGCCAGCAAAUAUGCCCCUGAAACCUCCUGUACCGACUAAAAUGAAGGAAUUGGACGAAUUUUCAGGCGGAGAGGAGAAUAACCCGAAAGCCCCAGGAAAAAGAAAUACCACAACCACAAGACCACCAUGGAAUUCUGGUCCAGGAACAAAGCCGGUUAUUCGUAGAUUUCAAACUAACAAUAAUUCUAAUGUAGAUGAGGUCCAAAAGAAACCUGUAUUCACAGUGGGUCAUCUUAAAAUCGAACUCAAAAAUCCGCCUGAUUUAACUAAAUCUUUACCAAAGCGUGGAUCACCUGAUGGACAAGUAGACUGUAAGUUUGAAGAUACCUCUAAAAGUAACACAAUUACUCCUCCAACACGGACUAAAAAAAUUUUAAAAUCUAAACAUAAUCCUAAAAAUUCUAAAUCCGUAUCCAAAACAAAUUUACAGAAAACAGAAUCGAAUGAUUCAUCAUCAAAUUUCUGUAUUGCAAUGUCUGAUUACACGGGAAUUGAGGAAUGCGAAAUUUCAUUCCAAUCUGGAGACAGAGCUGAACUCCUUGAAAAGGGUGAUAAUGACUGGUGGUAUAUCAAAAUGGGAGAAAAUGUGGGAUGGGCACCAUCUACAUAUUUCAAACUGACAUGCGAAGAAGAGUCAUCAGAGAAAGACUAUGUCGCUGUCGAUGGCUCUUCUAAUGCCAAGAGCGACCAAGAAUCAUUUUACAACAAAAUCGAACCAGAAAGACCCAGUUUUCCUUCUAAGUUUGUCGCUGUAGCUGAUUUUGAAGCAGAUAAUCAUUCCAUGGUAAGCCUCCACGCUGGAGAUGAAGUUACAAUCACCCAAGAAGCUUCUGGUGGAUGGUGGUAUGCUAUAUUAAGUAAUGGAAAUGGAGAAGGUUGGGUUCCAUCUAGUUAUUUAGAUCCUGUGGAAUAGAGGAUAGCGCUUAUGUCUAAUGAUUUUUUUCUGUUCUCGUGUUUAUGCAAUGUAUUGCACAGUGCCAUACUAUGUUAUUUUUCAUCAUAAGUUUCCCAAAUGUAUUUUCUGAAAUUUUUGAAUUCAGGAGGGUUUAUUCAGAUUUAUUUUCUGUUUCACUCUCUGUAAGUGUUAGAUUACUCUACAUGUCAUUCUUCCCGAAUAUUAACAUUUUAUAGACGAAAAUCCAGCGUUAUAUUUUCAGCAUUACUAAAUUGUAUUUUCAACAUAAGGGUUAUUUAUUUUCGUUAUUUUUUCAGUAUUAUUUUUCUUAUUUCUGUUACUACCAUUUACCUACACACAAUUUUUCUUCAUGUAAGAUUCAACAUCUUCUAUUAAUCAGGGGAUGUUCAGUCGAAAAAAAAGCUUUACUUGGUGCAUUCUUCUUUGUGUUAUUGUAUUUAAGACCAUCUCUCAAGUGUUGUAUUUCUUGAGAAACAUUUAUGCUUGGUUGCUGGAUUGAAUGGAUCUUAAUACCUGUUGUUGGUAUUUUUCUUGCUCACCCGAUGUACUAUACUCUGACCAUUAACCAGUGUAAUCUAGUGUGAAAUGUCUUGUUACAUAACAAUAGUUUAUUCCACAUCAUGCUAUGGUAUAUUGAUGUUAGCCCUGUACUUGUUGUCUCGUAUUUUUUUGAUUUCAGUUGUUGACAAUCAAUGAUUUAGAUGUUGUGAAUUUCUCACAACGAAAGAUACCAGAACAUAGAACUAUUAUGUGUAUUUGACUGUUUGUGUCAUAUUUUAUGUUUAUUUUUUAACAUUAUAUUCAUACUUUGGUCAUUUAUUAUAGAAGGAACUUAGUCGCCAUUAUACUGCAAUAAUUUAAUUUCUCCAUCAUGCUUUUUCUCUAUACCAUAUUACAGCACCACUAGAACAAGUCUCGUUAGCAAGGUUUAGAAGCGUUUUAUGUAGGUUUAUUAGUUUUAUUAACUUUCGGCUGAAUGUACAAAAUAAUCUCAUGGUUUGUCAUAUGCCUCGCAUAUCACUUGCUCACACAUAAGAGUUUUUUGUCAUGCCAUGGUUUUGUUCAAUUGUUGGACAUAUAAUACCGUUCAACUGAAAACACAGAUCUCAUUUACUGCUGCUUUGUUUAAGUAAAGUAUUCAUAAUAAUUUUAUAUUGUCGUUUGAUAAUUGUUUCUUCAAUCAUUUUGCCAUUGUUGCAAUAUUUCAGUGGUAUUUUUAUGUUUAGUAUAUUAUGUUUUUGUUCUCUGCGUGCUAACACUUGCUAAUACUUCAUCUGAACUAGGUCAUCAAAUGAACUGUCAUUUUUUAAUAAAAUUGUUUGUUUGGUUGGAAUAUCUCAUGCUUAUUAUUUUUCCUUGAUCCCAGAAUCGAACAAUAAUAAUAAAUCACUAAUUAUCUUCUCAAA